AUGGCUGUCUGCAUGGCAGCAAUGGCCGUGACAACCAGCUUCCCAGCCGAUAACAAGCACGUUUCAAUCGCAUUGGCAUGUUUUAUCCUCUUGUUCAAUCUCUUCUACCCGAUCGGGUUCCUUGGAGGAAAUUUCCUAUACUGCACUGAAGUCGCACCGGUACGCCUACGGGUUGCCAUGGCAUCAAUUUCCACAGCAAACCGCUGGCUAUGGAACUUUGUCGUCGUGAUGGUCACCCCCGUUGCAUUGGAUACGAUUGGAUACCGGUACUAUAUCAUGUACGCGAUUUUAUCAGUGUGCAUCCCGGUUCUUGUGUACUUCUUCUAUCCCGAGACCAUGAACCGCAACCUGGAGUUGCUCAAUCAUGUUUUCCGUGAUGCAUCGUCGCCCUGGCAGAUUGUCUCUAUGGCGCGUCACUUGCCACAAGGCGAGGUGACCGAGGCGGACUUUCUUGCACAGAGCGAGAAAAGCGAUGGGACUUCAGUUGAAAUGAAGGAGAAUGCUUAG